UGGUUGGUGGUUUUUAUAAAAGAUUUUUUUUUAAGAUUCACAUUGUACAAGGAUAACUAGAGACGUCUUCCGCUGAUGCUCAAUACGUAAACGCACACACACACACACGCAUGCACAAACGCCCACAACCUACUCACACGCAUUAAUUAUUGUUGAUCAAUGUCAAUGUGCAGGUUUUGCUUUUGGCACAUGAGCAAAAUAAUUUUUUUCACAAGUCGUGCUGCAGGUCACACAUAUAUGGUUCACGCAUAUAUAAUUGCACGUUGCACGACUGACCGCUGAGUUUUGCGUUAAAGGCGCUGUGCGCGCUCCGCUCCGCUGUGAUGCCGCUGCUGCUGCAGGGGAGCCUCCGUCCACAGCCCGCAGUGCUGCGAGGUGAGCCGGCCCGAUUUGCCUCCUGACUGCCGCGUUUUCCCCCACAUCUAAUUCAAUUUGCAAGACCUCUGAGGACCAAAUUCAUCAAGGAGACCGACCUCGUUGCAGGCGGGACGCGGACCAGCUUGGCAGUGCGCGUCUUUGUACUGAGAUGGGGAAGGUGUUCAUCAAUUUCUGUGACGAUCUAUAUAGUUUCUGGAGAUGCAGAUGCCUGAGGAUGCCCUUUCACUGACUGGAUAGAGGCAGUUGGGUUGUAGGAUGCGGUACCUGAGGAAGACGGUGUUGCUUGCCAUUCUGGCGUCUGUGGUGCUGGUGCUCGCCCUCCUUCAUUCAUGGCCCACGCGAGCCUACACCACAGUGGAUGUGUGGCAGCGACCAGGUCCAAUGGUAGAGAGGCGUCUGGGGGAGAGGCUCCCAGAACCAGACCACCAAUUAGACAAAAUCCCCUUUCGUGUGAGGGAUAAUGUGGCAAGCUUGUUGGCACGUAAUGGGUGCCUAUGUGAGGGUGAGAGCGGAGGAGUGAACCUGCCCUUCGCCCAACUUUUAUUCCCGCGGGUGUCAGCUCACCCGCUGCACACUGCCUUCGAAGCCUCUGAGCUGGAGGAAAUAAAGAGGAGACGGGCCAAAGAGUACAAGAGUUUCCAGGAGAGGUCAGAGACACCUGCAGAUGUUCUCAUUGUAGCAGAGGCUAACAAUCCCUUACAGUAUCCAACACAGGGGGUGGACGUACGGCCCCUGAAAACAAUCAUGAUCCCAGGUUUGGCCUUACACGACCUUCCCAGAGACCAUCACUCAAUAAACAUCACUGCCACGCUGGGAACGCUGAAUGUAGCAGCAGAGGUAGAUGGGGUGAAAAUCAAAGGCGAGGGUGAGAUGCACAUGACUCUGUCGAGCAGCUUCCAGCCGAACCUGAACAGACAGCUGCAGUUUGUCACCUACACAAACACACUGUUUCACCCAAGCACAGCCGAUACAGUGCAGUUGGAGACAGAGGGGCAUCAAGCUGCUUUCACUAUCAAGAUCCGUCACGGUGUGACACCUAAACUGUACAACACAGGAUCCAAAGGAGACUACAAUGUCAGCGCCCUCGUUACCAUAGCUACGAAGACUUUCCUGCGCUAUGAUAAGCUUCAAGAUCUUAUCGACAGCGUCAGACGCUAUUACCCUGCUGUCACCAUAGUGAUUGCUGAUGACAGUGAAAAUCCCAAAGCCAUCUCUGGGCGUUACAUCGAACACUACAUCAUGCCUUUUGGAAAGGGUUGGUUUGCCGGACGGAACCUGGCUGUUUCCCAGGUGACGACCAAGUACGUGCUGUGGGUGGAUGAUGACUUUGUCUUCACAGCCAGCACCAAGCUGGAGAAGCUUGUGGAUGUUUUAGAGAGGACCACUCUGGAUCUGGUGGGGGGUGCAGUGCGGGAGGCCACAGGGUAUACUGCCACCUACAGACAGACCAUCUCCAUUGAGCCGGGGGAGGAGGAUGGUGACUGUUUACACAUGAGGAGAGGAUUUCAUCACGUCAUCCAAGGCUUCCCCAACUGUGUUGUCACUGACGGCGUCAUCAACUUUUUUCUGGCUCGCACCGACAAAGUCCAGCAGGUCGGUUUUGACCCGCGCCUCGCCAGGGUAGCUCACCUGGAGUUUUUCAUCGAUGGCCUGGGAUCCCUCCACGUGGGCUCUUGUGAUGAUGUCAUUGUCAAUCACGCCACCAAAAUCAAGCUUCCCUGGGUCAGCCAGUCGGAGAGCGACAAGACUUACGCCAAGUUUCGUUACCCGCCGGCCUCCUCUGAUGCCACACAUACAAAGAAUGGCCUACUGUACUUCAAAAACCGCUUUCAGUGUUUGACUCAUAAUUAACUGAUCUCUGGUUUGUCUAAGGUUGCUCCGCUCUCCCAGAGUGGCCACAUAAGUUCUCCACCACUGCGUCCCGUCAGAUACGAUUUCAGACAAACACUUCUGUUUGCCUUUCGUUGGAAUCCUUUAUAAUGUUGAUUCUGUCAGUGCACUGAUCAUUUUACAAUGAAAACAUCCAGAAGCCGGGCAUUACAGUUCAGGCAUGCUCCUGGAGUGGAAACAGUAGAAAGUCAGCUGUAGUAACAAGCAUAUUGUUCUGUUUACACGGUUAAAUCAUAGCCUAAUCUUGAUUGACUCAAGGUUAUAAACAGAUUCUGCUUUGUGUUUGUCAAAUCUUAUGUGGCUUUAUAUCCUCAAGUGGAUCCAACCCGGGAAAACUUGAAAGUCUGAGUCAAGUCAUUGUCAUCCUGUUCUCAUGUGAGUUGAGGGAUGUGUCCACCUUCACUUUGCACUAUUCAAAAAAUACAAACCACUGAGCUUGGAAAAGCAAUAGUGAGUCAGUCUGAGAACAAGGACUCACCACUAGCGAAUACAAAGGGAAGCUUAGCCGGAAGUGACAAUCCUGUGGACACUGAGCAUGGGUAUCAUCAAUGCUAUGUGAAAACCACAUUCAGAACAUUCUUGGUGUGGUAACUUCGCUUGUGACUGACUGGUCGUGCCAAAGGUGUGGCUGCUUUGUGUUAUGGUUUUGCUUAUCCCUUACCCACAAUCCUUUGUGUUAUUUGUAAGCGAUUAAUCAUGUCUGACGAAGAGAAACUUUCAGGCCCAUCUAUCUGGAGUCACACCUGGUGUUACUGGCUGCUGGGAACUGGGAGCUGCCUUGUUUUUUUGUGUUUUUUAUUCCGUCCGUCACUCAAGAAGAAACCAGGGAGGGGAGGAGCGUUUCUUUCCAGUGAAUGCCGUUGAAUAACACUGGGAGUGAUCGCAUCUUUACAUGCUGCCUAAAAGAAAAGUUGGAUGAACCAAAGUGCAUGUUUAAUUUCUGUCAUAUAAAACAAGAAAAGAUGGAAGAAUUGAUAAAGGUUUGAUGAUUAUUGGACAUUUUAAAAUGCGGUAUAAGUCAUUUGAGCAUGAGAAAUCAAAUUGAAGUGAUACCUGGUGAGAAAAGCAAAUUAAGCAAUGUGAGAGUGUGAAGCACCAACGCUUGAAAUCCUGUUUUUAUACUAACAGCUCCUCUGAUACACUCAUGCCUGAAGUGAUGACAGUGUUCUUUUAUACCAUGGCCUUAAGAUGGCGCCCUUGUGUCACGCUAUUGUUACUUAUUUUUCAUUAGCAAAGAGGUGCCAGAUAUUUAAAAAAUUAUUUUUUUUUAUGUUGAGAGGAAUAUUUUAAAGCUAACGGUUGUGAUAUUUUUGUCUGUUCUAGAUUUUUCUUUUUGUUCACCAACAUGUGAUGUGAUAUUGCUGCAGACAGGAGAGAAAAACUAACUUCAUCAGUGAAACUAUUGUGAAAAAUGGCUUUUGUGUAGUUAUGUGUUCAAACAAUGUGUCACAUGUUAGUAUCUGUAACAGUUCCAUAGCUUUUUUUUUAAACAGUGAUAAUUUAUUGUGUUAACUGAAAUUUAACUUGCCUGCUUCACCCAAAAACCACUAUUGUGAGUCUUCUGAUCAUAACAUAAUGAGCAUUUUUUAAUUUAUUUAUAUGUUGGCAUAUUAAAAUGUCGGUGAAAAAAUACUUUCAUUUUGAAAACAUUUGUGCAACAUUUGACCGUGACAUCCUCUCUCACAUUGGUUCAAACGAUUACAGUCAUUAUUUUGUGACUAAUAGUCACACAAGCAAAUUAAAGCAAAUAUAGUUUCAAAGGCUGUACUGUUAGUCAAAUUAUAAAAUUAUUGAGGGGGCAAAAGAAGCAGAACUAUGUCAUUUGUUUUCAACAACAAUUUUCUGGGAUACUUUUUACUCGUGAAUAAAGACUAAUUGAACUAUUA